AUGGUGAAGGCUUUAAGAGGGGCAGCGCUGGCGCGACAUAUUAAAAAAGAGCGAUUAAAAGUGGCUGUGUUCGAAGGAGACUUCGACGAGGUGCGGCGGUUGCUACGAGGGCGCCAGAACCAACAGGGGAUCACCGACGGCGUAUUUCCCUUCCGUACGGAUCCCUCUUCUGAUAGUGAUAGUGAUAGUGACAUGCCUGAGGAGACUCAUUCGAUGCUGACUCUCGCGCAGAACAAUGUGGAAAUUAUGAGGUUGUUGCUGGAGCAUGGUGCCGACCCGACGCUCGAAGGCGACGGAGACACUCCUCUGCAACUCGCGUGCGGCUCAGGCGUCUGCGCCGUGGUGCGCCUGCUGCUAGAUCACGGUGUCGACCCCGAUGAGAAAAUGCGAGUAGACGAGUGGGAGACGCCGAUGUGUGCCGCAGCGUCCUAUAACCACGUCGAGGUGAUUCGCAUUUUGCUCGAUCACGGCGCAUCGACCGGCCUCGUCAGAACUGCGAGACCUAGAUGGCGUUACGGUGGGACUCCACUCGGGACGGCGUGCGCGCACGGACAUGUCGACGCCGCGCGCCUGCUGCUGGACCGAGGUGCUGACAUCGAGCUCAAGGACCAUGGCCGAUCGACACCGCUGGUCUCUGCAUUAGACAAUGCAAUGCCUGCUGUCGUUCGAUUAUUACUCGCGCGGGGCGCCGACGUGGAACGACGCGUAGAGGUGCAUGACAAAGAUAAUGUGCUAGCACGACGAUACCAGCUUAUGGCGCCGGUGACGAUGGCACGCACUCGCUACAGCAUGGUCCUCGAAGAACGCACACGCGACGUGCACGCGGCGCAUAUCAACGCCGCCUUCGACCUGCUCUUCCUCGCGCGCUGCGUCGUCGCGGGGCAGCGCGAGGAGCACGCGGGCUCGGCGCGACGCCGCGUGCUAUUCGAUAGAAAUCUGGUCAAGGUCAUCGCGACGUUCCUGGUGGUGAAGACGCCGAUUCCAGAGUCGCACUCGGAUUCUGACUCCGAGUCUGACUCGUCGGACGAGUCCGACUCGUCGUCGUCGUCGUCGUCGUCGGUGUCCUCGCACGACGAUUAG